AUGGGAUCGAAUGCAAGCGUCGAAGAGAAGAAUGAGGCAUCAAUUCUUCGUAAUCCCCAACAAGGCGAAGCCAGUGAUCUUUAUUGGGCUUGCCGAGCUGGUAAUCUGAAGACGGUUCAACAAAUUCUUGCAUCAACUAUCUACAUCGAUAUCAAUCGUCUCGAACCGAAUGGAAGCACAGCUCUACAUGCAGCUGCUUUCUUCGGCCAUGCUGAGAUUGUUCGACUCCUUCUUCAUAAAUACGGUGUUAUGCGUCAUCGACGAAAUCGACACGGUCUCACUGCAUAUGAGGAGGCAGCUACCGAGGAGAUUCGUCAACUAUUUCACCGUUCAUCUAAUUCACGACGAUUCUGUAGUGACACUACUGCCGAUGCUGAGCAUCUGUUUGCUUCCACUGUUGGUGAACAAGCAGAAGAUGAAGACGACAACGAUGAGGUGCCCAACGACUGGGUUAUAGGAGCAAAUAAUGAAAAAGCCAUUCGUGUUAAUCAGAUAAGAGGCGAUAAUAUUUAUAACAAAGAUUUAAGAUCGUAA